AUGGAUGAGGGCCUUCCUAUUGGUUUGGAUUCCGCAGUUACCCAGUUCAGUACUUACGAAGAUUUUCUGGAUUCGCAGAUAACGGCAACUGAUUUGUUUUAUCUUGAGGAUGAAGAAUUAGCACGGCAAUUAGUUGAACUUGGAUAUCGGGGGAGUGGUGAGAUUGUUAAGCGCAGCGAUUUCGCACAGAGAAAGCAAGCUUUGGCUGAAGCCGUUUUGGCGAAAGAGCAAUUCAAA